UAUUAUUUUCUGUAAUCUAUUGUAAGAAGCCAGAGAAAACCUGCUUCUCUGUCUUCAACUCUCAAUACAAAAAUCAUAAAAGUCUGCUUUUUUUUUUUUCUUCUUGAGACUUGAUUCAUCUCAGCUAAGAAGAUUAGAAAGAGAAGAAGAAAGGUUAGCAGAAAGAAGGGAUAGGCUUUGAAGAUGGGAAUCACAAGCCCAUUCAAAGACCAAUCCCUGUCCAUAACCAAGAGACUUCUUCCUUGGACCCUUUACGCUCUUCUUCCCAUAGCUCUGCUUCGCUUCUACUUCUACCCUCUACCCUUCCCUACAUCUCCAGAAACAGAGCUUCCCAACUCCACCCCAGUCACCAUCUUCUCCCACUCUUCUCUUUCUGCUUCUGCACCUUCUUCUCCAGAAAAGGAGAAAGCUUAUGAGACCCCAUGUGAUUACUUUGAUGGCAAAUGGAUCCGUGACAAGAGAGGUCCUUUGUACAAUGGUACAACUUGUGGUACAAUCAAAGAAGGCCAGAAUUGCAUAGCACAUGGAAGACCUGACUCUGGCUAUCUUUACUGGAGAUGGAAACCAAGUCAAUGCAAACUUCCAAGGUUUGAGCCUCAAACUUUUCUCCAACUCAUUAGCAACAAGCAUGUAGCUUUUGUGGGGGACUCUAUGGCCAGGAACCAAUUAGAGUCCCUUCUUUGCAUGUUGAGCACUGCUUCAACCCCUAACCUUGUCUACCGGAAUGGUGAGGACAACAAAUUUCGGAAGUGGCAUUUUCCUUCUCACAAUGUGAGUGUCUCAUUGUACUGGUCCCCAUUUCUUGUGCGAGGUGUUGAAAAGUCAAACUCAGGGCCAAAUCAUAAUAAGUUGUAUUUGGAUCAUGUUGACGAGAGGUGGGCAAGGGAUAUGGAUCAAAUGGACCUGAUUGUGUUGUCAAUUGGGCACUGGUUUUUGCACCCUGCAGUGUACUAUGAGGGAAGUAUAGUCUUAGGGUGUCAUUACUGUCCUGGCCUAAAUCACACUGAAAUUGGGUUUUAUGAUGUGUUAAGAAAAGCCCUAAGGACUACCCUCAACAGCAUAAUUGAUAGGAGAGGAGGUAAAGGCUAUGGAACUGAUAUAAUUGUGACAACAUUUUCACCUGCACAUUUUGAAGGUGAAUGGGAUAAAGCUGGUGCUUGUCCAAAGACAAAGCCUUAUAGAAAAGGGGAGAAGGAACUUGAAGGGAUGGAUUCUGAUAUGAGAAAGAUUGAGAUUGAAGAAGUGGAAGAUGCCAAGACAAAAGCUAAUAAUUUGGGAGGGAUUAUUAGGUUGGAGGCAUUGGAUGUAACAAAAUUAGCACUACUGAGACCAGAUGGGCACCCAGGUCCUUAUAUGUAUCCCUUUCCAUUUGCUAAUGGGCAUCAAGAGCGUGUGCAGAAUGAUUGUGUUCAUUGGUGCUUACCAGGGCCUAUUGACACAUGGAAUGAGAUUUUUCUGGAGUUCAUGAAGAAAUGGGGGGAACAACCUAGGAUUGAAGAGUGAGGUAUUCUUCAUGUCUUGUCAAAUUCAUAUUGGUUUAAUUACUCAUGUGAUCAUUAUAUUUACAAAAGCUUUCUUUUGUAGUUCCUAUACUAAACAACAUUCAGCUCUUACACAUUAUUUUGAAUCCCUACUCAUACCAUAACAGAUAAAAAAUAUAUGUUUCAGAGUAUAGGAACUAGAAGGAAAUUUUUUAUAACUAUAAAGACUAUAUGAGUAAUUGAGUCAUUCUUAUAUGUCAUGCUUAUGUUUUCCACCACUUGGUGGAUAUUGCAUUGAAAAGGAUCAUUUUUUAUUUUGGUAGAAUAGAAAGAGAGCAACUUUUUCAGAGGGUGGGAACAACAGUUUCAUUGGGAGAUUAUUGGUUUAUGUUUUUCUUGCUGGGGCUACAUAAUGGAAAAGGAAAUAGAUAGAAUAGUAUAUCUUGUAUUGAUGAGGGAGGAUGGAAUGGCAAAUUAUAGGUACGAUGAACAAUGCUGUUUGUGGAAUGUGCUAAAAAUGUAGGGUAAGAGGAAUUCAUAACA